UAAAAUAUUAUAACACAAAAAAAGAAAAGGAAACAUUAAGCAAAAAAACAGAUCUCCUACAACAAAACGCGCGCGUAACAACAACAAGUAUACAACAACAACAAAAACGUAAUAAUAAUACAUAAAAUCUAAACAAAUGUGCCUGUGAAAUAAUAAUAAAAAAAGAAGCAAGAAAGCUUCCCCAAAAAAUUAGAUGUAAAAGUGCAAAUACAUAAAAAAAUCCAAGCAAACAAAUAAUACAACCAGUAAAACAGCAAACAAAUAUUCCACAAAAAGAACUGGAAAUCAAUCCAAGAAGUACAGUAGAGCGUCCCUAAAAGCAUCAGCGUCGCAGGACGAAGUUCAGAAGGUAGAAGAAGCGUCGGAGCGGGACGUCGAUUUGUGUGUUGCGACCCCAAUUUGUUGGUUCUACUCCAAAAGUGGCACAAAUCGGGUUAGACGUCGCUCCCAGAGCAUUAAUGGCUCAGCCAAGGUAUGACGAUGGCCUACAUGGCUACGGCAUGGAUUCCGGUGCCGCUGCAGCGGCCAUGUAUGAUCCACAUGCCGGACACCGACCGCCCGGACUCCAAGGCCUCCCCUCUCACCACUCUCCGCAUAUGACGCACGCGGCUGCCGCGGCGGCCACAGUGGGCAUGCACGGCUACCAUUCGGGUGCCGGGGGUCAUGGUACACCUAGUCAUGUAUCGCCGGUCGGUAAUCACCUAAUGGGCGCAAUACCCGAAGUACAUAAACGUGAUAAGGAUGCCAUUUAUGAACAUCCGCUAUUCCCGCUUUUGGCGCUUAUCUUUGAGAAGUGCGAAUUGGCCACAUGUACGCCGAGGGAGCCCGGGGUGCAAGGUGGCGAUGUCUGUUCGUCGGAAUCGUUCAACGAGGAUAUUGCAAUGUUCAGUAAACAGAUAAGAUCACAGAAACCCUAUUAUACCGCAGAUCCCGAAGUCGACUCACUGAUGGUGCAAGCAAUACAAGUACUUCGGUUUCACCUUUUAGAAUUAGAAAAAGUGCACGAAUUAUGCGAUAACUUCUGUCAUCGGUAUAUAUCGUGUUUAAAGGGUAAAAUGCCAAUAGAUUUAGUGAUCGACGAACGGGACACCACCAAGCCACCGGAGCUGGGAUCGGCGAACGGAGAAGGGCGCAGCAAUGCCGACUCCACGUCGCACACCGAUGGAGCUAGUACACCAGACGUUCCCAGCACCCAAGACUUUUCACCGCUGGAGGAGACCUAUGCCAGCUAUCGCAUCAAACACGAGGCGGACUUUUAGUCCUGUCUCGAUUUUAAUCCUUUUACUCCCCCCCAUCAGUUCUCUAUAUAAUUAUACGGAAAAAAUCGAUCUAAUAUAGAGUUAAAGCUUAGCCAUGUAGUUUGUAACUAAAAACCAGUCUAGGCUGCGCUUGAAACAAAAUAUUGAAAAGAAAGAGAUAGAGAGUAUAGUUAAUUCCUAGAAAUUUCUAUCCCCACAUAUAUAUAUAUAUAUAAAUACAUAUAUAUUUUCUAAUGCUUAGUUUGAAAUUUUUAAUUUCCUUUAUUAAUUUCGGGAAUUUUUCAAUUUAGCAAACGUGUAUACGAUUUUUCUAAAAACAAAAACGUCCUUUUUCCCUUCGUGUGUUUUACAACACUGGAGCGAAACUUGCCAAAUAAUACGAGAAAAAAAUAAAAGAAGAUAUAUAAGGAUAUUUUCGUUAAUUACUUUUUUUUGUUUUUUGUUUUCAACUCUCUCAUCAUGCAACGCAUAUACGUAAAAAAGAGAUACCAGAAAAGCAAAAAGAAAACCCAAAAACCUGAGUUCAAAUGCAAAGUAUACGAAUAAAACAUUAUUGUUUAUUACCUAGAGAAACAAACAAAAAAUACGAAAAACGAUCGACAUUUUAAAUGAGCCGAGGAACUUUCAAGAACAAUUGAUAUACGUAAAGCAAACAGCAAAACCAACUAAAAACUAAACAAACUUUAAGCAUUUACUAAACGAAGCAAAUCGAAAACUACGCGAUACUAUUAUUAUUAAAUAAAUAUAGCGAGCAGGAGGAGGAAAGCUAAAUGUAAUUUAAUUGAAUUAGAAUGAAAACAAAAAUAUAGGAGCAGUCGAGAAACUUAGAGAACCCUCGCUACCCUACAAUCCCCCUCCCAAAAUUGUAUACUAUAGGGUACGUUAUAUAGUUCUUAGUCAGAGGACCCCUGAAACCCUUAACUUGCAAUACGAAAUGAUACAAGAGUAUCGAAUUCUUCUCUAGCUACCAAAACACACACUUUCUACUGCUAACUUCUACUACUAUUUUGAGUUGUAGAACAUUACUACUAAACAAAGAAAAAACUACAAAAUGCAAAAAAAAUGUACUUAAAUCGAGCUGAGAUCAGUCGAUCCAAGCAGCUCCUUCAGCUAUAUGGGCAGUCAUUUGUAUACUUAGACUAUAAUCAAACCGAUUUCCCAGCGGUUUAAUAUAGCCAACUAACUAAACAACAACAACAACAAAAAGCUUUUGUACUAUUUUUUCAAAAACUACCAAGAAAAUGGAGGGAAAACUUUCUUGCAAAAUUAUGAAAAAUUAAAAUAGUUGUUGUACUUUGUCUCAAAACCUUAAAAACCCUAAAAAAAAACUAAAAACCUUGUAUGUAAGAAACUAAAUUUAAACUCGAAAAAAUUGCUGUAAUUAUGUAAUAAUUUUCUGUUAGCAUAAUUCGCCGCUUUUUAGUUAAAAAAGAAAAACUGUUGCAAAAAAAAAAGGAGAGAAAAACACUUUGUUUCCUAUGAUUUAAUGUGUGAGCUUUUUGCAUUUUCGU